AUGCGUGACGCCUCUGGCGAUGAGAAUGAUUCUCGCACCGCCUCCGUCGGAUUGCAGCGUCCCCACUCGAAUGGCUCCAACGGCGCCUCGCGACAAAGCUCCAGAGACCGAAAGAUAGGGAAGAAACAAGCGCGCGGAAAGGGGAGGGUUGGCCGCAGCGAUUUCCGUGAUUUUGUCCCCCAGGGGGGCACGUUCAGUGCCGCUGCCCUGGAUGUCGAUCCGGACAGUGCCGACAGUACUAGUACUUCCUCCUCCGGGUCGAGCUCAUCAAGCAGCGACGAGUCAGAAGAGGAACAGGAGCAGCCGUCGGAAGGUCAGAAACCGCUGGGCAGCGUUCCGGUAGCAAUCAACUGGAACAAAGGAAGCCGCAGUACCAUCCGCACGUCUCUCACUGGGAAAACGUCCCGGCCCGACGGGAAUGCUACGACAACCGCAUUUGAAUCGGUCAAUGGAAAGUACUGGCGAAGUCGCAGCGCCUCGGUUUCAAGCGAGGAUUCCCACGGUCAUACAGAAGCUAAACGUGAUCCCUCUGAGGACGGACGCACAGAUGGCGACCGUGUGAAAGCGGUCCAAAGACCAUACUUUAUCGAUGACUCUGAAGGGUCCGAAACUGGAGAAGUUUCGGAAGGUGGCGACUCUAUCAUGCUCAACCUGGGGCCUGGGAACGACGAAGCUGGCGUUGACAAGGCUGGGGACGACACGCCACCAGCUGGAGCAGACCCUUUUCGAAUCGAUACCCAACCAGACCCCGGCUUUGUAUCGGCCAAUGGAUCAGCAGGCGACCAUAGCGUCAUUCGAUCAAAAGAGGAUGCGUUUCGCGUCCUUUCUGAGAAAUACAGCACACCUCCAUCUAUCCUUGCCGAUCUGAACCGCAAGGACCUGGAAAUCCAGGCUCGGCAUUUCUUCUACAAUCGUAGCAUCCAUGACAUCGAUCUCUCGCAGCCCAUUGCUUGCACGGAAUGUCUGCAGGAGGGCCAUCUCGCCAUUGUGUGCCCCACAAAAGAGUGCGAACACUGUGGAGCGUGGGAUCUCCACGAAAGUAAUUUCUGUCCCUCCUGGAGACGGUGCCAAAAGUGUCGAGAACGAGGCCACGAUGCCGACAGCUGUGGCUCGGCUCUCAAGGGUUCUGCUGCAGAAGUCCCCUGCGACUAUUGCGGGGCAGACACCCAUUUGGAAACUGAGUGUGACAGAAUGUGGAAGUUCCCCAGGCACCCUCCCUACCCAGGUCCGAUUGUUGUAUCCAUCUCCUGUAGCUACUGUACCAGCAACCGCCAUCUCAUGGGCGACUGUCCAUCGCUGCCGGGCCCCACUAGGUCCUCUUCGUGGACCUUGAAAGGCUAUGAUCCAGCCAUGAUCACAAAUCUGAACGACGUACUGGGGCGCCAGCAAGCAGGUGGUAAAACGGCCAUGAACGGGAAUAACAAAGGUGGGAUGAGGAUCCGGGGGCGUGCUGGUCCACGUUCGCCGACUCCGGACAGCAGCGACGACGACAUGCUCGGUCGUCGAGAGCCGAUCAACAACAAUCGAAAUUCUGGCCGUCCCAACAUCCGCUUUGGAAGCGGGAUCGGGAAGAAUCGAAACCUCUCAGGAGGACAACCGCCUCCCCAGAACAACUCGGGCGGCAGACAAUCCUACCGGGAUCGACAGGAUGGUCCCUCCCACAACCGUCAACAACGCUCCUUGUCCCCUGGUGCGAGCCGAAGAUCGCAUCCUCCACGUCGCGGACGAGGAGGUGGUGGCGGCAACGGCAACGACAACCGCAACCGCGGUGGACGCGGGGGCAAACAAGAACCGUAUCGACCGAUGCCCAGCGCGGGUAAAAAAGCGUGGGAUAAGUUCCGACUCUGA